UAGCCUAAUUAAUUUUCUAUCACAUGCAUUUGUGUGUUUCUUACCCUGUAUUAUUAAGGUGAAGUGAACACUACAAUUUUACACUCGGGUGAACUAUACAAACUGCGUUUACCUUUCCCCUUGAGUUCCUUCGACCUCCGCCACUGCAACUGAAGUGUUGAUUAGCUCCGACGUUGUUGAGGCGAAACAUGGGUUAUACCAAGGAACAGCUCCUGGAACGCUUGAAGGAACUUCAAAUUGAAUUUGAGAAAUAUGAGCAUCCUGUGGUUCUAACGGUGGAAGCAGCGCUGAAAUAUCUUGCUAAUGUGGAUGGUGCUUUUUGCAAAAAUUUGUUUCUGAAGGACAAAAAACAUAGAUAUUACAUAAUUUCUGCCCUAGCAGAAACCAAAGUAGACAUGAAAGUUUUAUCUGUGAGACUUGGUUUGGGCAAAGGAGGCUUAAGAAUGGCGCCUGAAGAAGCCUUAGGUGAAGUACUUCAGGUGCCACUGGGUUGUGUAACUCCAUUUGCAGUAGUGAAUGAAUCUGCAAGGCACGUCUCGUUGUUAUUGGAUCAAGGUUUGAGAACUCAGAGGCGCAUUAUGUUUCACCCAUUAUCUAAUGACAUGUCUAUAGCUCUUUCUACUGAUGGCCUGGACAAGUUUCUGAAAUCAUUAGGAAGAGAACCUGCAUAUGUUGAUCUCGAGGCUAAUCCUCCUGUUGGCAAGGACCAACCUCCUGAUUUGGCUGCGUUUGCACCAUCUAAUGCCAUUGCUGUACCUGAAGCUGCUGCAAAAGCAGCCUCCACAGAACCUGCUCCCCAGAAAAGUCAACCUGCAAAUAGUGACCUUGUCACAGGCAAUCCUGUAAAGAAGCCUGCUGCGGAGAAAAUUGUAAAGAACAUGCCUGCAAAAGGUAAAACUGCAAAUGCAGCUGCAUCCACACCUUUUUCUAAUCCCCAGCUUUUUGUGGAUGAAAUAUUGGAUAGAACUUCUGCGCUAAUACUUUCUGAGAUUAACAAGGAGACAAUAUCAACGCAUGGCGAACAGCUUGGAGCUGUAGCAUCUGACAAUAUCCGAAAACGUCUUUCCUCAGAGCUGAGCCACCUAGCUAUGCUUUAUAAGAGUACGGCUUAUACAGAAGGAUUUCAUGCUGGCUCUCAUCGUCAUGAAUCUCACUUAUGAAGAGAGUUUGCUUAUAUUUGAAGGAGAGGAUUUUACAUCAGCUGGCAGCCAUUACUGUUAGAUCUUUAUCCAAUCGCUCUGUGACGUGAAUCUGGCUGAUUCAUACUAUUCUCAUUCAUUACAAUUUUUGGAGAAUUCAUGUAAAAUGCAUUAUAACACUCUUUUUAUAAGUAUUUUAUGAAUGACAAUAAUUAGUUUUGUACCUUGAGGGUUAGCUCAAUUUGCUGGAGUAUCAACCACAGUUGAUGGUUGAUCUUUGAAGCAUUUUUCCGUCAAUUUAAGAGAAGAAAAACAAUCCUAGUUAAACACUUAAACUUGCUUCUUCUAAGAACUUGUGUUUGAAACUGUUGCAACGGUUUGGAUUCUUAAUUGCUUUCACAGUGACUUCUUACCACUGAAUCACUGAACUGGCAA